AUGAAUUGCACCGAAGAUCCAAGUCGAUUCUUUGAAUAUCAAUUUCGUUCACCAUUCGCCUUUUGGACGCUAGGUGUUGCUAGUAUUAUUCUAGCCAUUUUCGCCAAUGCCGGUAAUUUAAUAAACUUAUUUGUUCUUACACGGCGUCACAUGCGAUCGACAAUGACAACAUUGCUAGUGACACUCGCCUGGGCCGACCUCGUACCGCCGACUGUUGUCUCUUUAAAUAAUAUUCUAUUCUAUUACGUUCUACCUCGUAUGGACCAUUCCUCGACGUUUCUAACGACGAAUCUCAUCACUCGGAUACUGUUCAAUGUUCUAGCAAAUAUCUUCACGACGUUCAGUAAUUAUUUGAUUGUGCUGAUUACAACAUUUCGAUUGAUUGUUGUUACGAAACCGCUACUUGCAAAGAAUUACUGUAAUCGACGCACCGCACGGAAUGCUAUUGUGAUUCUUCUUAUUCUCUCGAUAUUUAUCAAUCUCCCACUAUUGUUCUAUACCAAUAUUCGCAUGUAUUGUACAAAUGACGGAUCAAUCACGUAUUACGGAUUGGAAUUAUCAUCAUUUCUGCAAACGAAAUACUUCACUCGGUUGUUCUACCCAACCGUGGUAAUCAUUUCCCUACUCGCUCCAUGGUUAAUAUGUUUUCUUAUUUGGUUAUUUUUGAUUCGAGCGUUACGUUCAGCCCAAGUCCAGUUGACAACGAAAACGAUGAAUACAACGUUUACAAAUGAUCGAAAACAAGAUACAUACUUUCGUAUUACAUUGAUGAUCGUCUGUGUUUUAACUGUUUAUAUGGUUUGCCGUAGUGUACAUUUAUUCGAAGUUGUUUAUAUGAUGAUGACGCCUUUGUUAAAUCUGAAAUUACAAAUUUAUUUUGCUCAACAUCGAGUGCAUUUAUUUUGUAUAUCGAACAUUAUGUUAACUAUCAAUCACGGCGCGAACUUUUAUAUCUACUCCAUUAAUCCAAAGUUUCGUUUGACAUUGAAACUGUAUCUGACCUAUUAUUUCCGUCGAUGUCGGAUGAAACGACGACGUGCAUUUACAAUCUUUCAUUUACGAAGGAAGAAAACCAAUGAUAGUUUAGAUGGUUUGAGCAUCCCGAAUGACUUCCGUCGAUCCUUGAUGUUCACGACACCGCAUGACAUGUUACGUGGAAGAAAGUUUAAUUUCAAGAAAGCGCAUGAGUUGAAUGCAAGAGCCAGUCUGCGCAAACCACAGAAGUAUAUUAAUCAAAUCGUCGAAAUGCACUCAAACAAUGAGAAUUCCGAGAAAAGUAUCGUUUGGAAAGAAAUUGAACAAAACUUAAAACAUUCUCGCCGAUAG